AUGGAUCAAACCAAUCACCUCAAUGUUUAUACAGGGCCAGAUUCUGUCAGAAACUAUUUCGACCCUGAUGUUGCCCCGCCACUGCCACUUGUCGAGGUUCCAGAAGCCCUGAACCCCUAUCGCCAACAUGGCGUCCGGAUAUUCGCCAAGAUGAUGUCGAUGCAUCCUGCCAACAACGUCAAGGCCAUGCCAGCACUUAAUCUGCUUCAGAAGGGGGUUGUUCCAGGAAAAACCGAGACAAUCGUGGAGUACAGCUCCGGCUCCACAGUCAUCUCCAUGUCACUGGCUUCUCGAGUUUACUACGGCGUACCAGACGUUCGAGCAUUUCUCAGCAACAAGACAAGUCAGGCCAAGUUGAGAUUGAUGCAGUUCUUUGGUCUGGACAUCACCCUAUUCGGAGGACCUUCUCAACCUGAGCCUCUAGACCCACGAGGUGGUAUUUGCGCCGCAAGAACUAUGGGCAGCGACAAGGGCACGGCGCUCAACCCGAACCAGUAUGAAAAUGAUGAUAAUUGGAAAUCCCACGUGCGGUGGACUGGACCUCAGAUUUUCAAGCAGUUGCCCCAAAUCUCUCUCAUUUGCGCAGGAAUGGGCACUUCUGGAACCCUUACCGGUCUGGGAACCUACUUCAAGCAAGCCAAGCCGUCAGUGUAUAGGCUCGGUGUCUGCACCGCACCUGGUGACCGUGUUCCCGGCCCCCGUUCCUACGCUCUCCUCCAACCCGUCGAAUUUCCUUGGAGAUCUGCAGUUGACCACGUUGAGCAUGUUGGCUCUCACCACUCGUAUUCGCUCUCGCUGGACCUGUGUAGACAAGGUCUCAUCGCCGGCCCGUCCUCUGGCUUUAACCUGCAAGGCCUUUACCAGUUCCUUGACAAGCGUAUCGCGGCAGACAAUCUGAAGGAGCUGACUGAUGAGUCUGGCGAGAUUCAUUGCGUUUUUAUCUGUUGCGACUUGCCUUACCAGUACAUCGAUGAGUACUUUGCGAAAUUGGGACCUGAGCAUUUCCCAGCAAUCCACAACGAGAACCUUCAAAAGGUGGACCUUCACCGCUAUGACGAAGCAUGGGAAAAGACUGCGACUGAAGUUUUCAUGCAAAUCCCCUCCGCGAGCGAUAUUCAGACCAACGAUACCCAUUUGCCGAGCACGCCGCGCUAUGUCGACAACAGCAGCGCUUCACUCAUCCCCCGCCUUCCCAACACGAUCAUCAUCGAUCUGCGACAAAGCGAAGACUAUCAGGCGCACCAAAUCGCAGGUUCCGAAAACAUUCCAGUCGUCGAGUCCAGUGACUGGAAGCCGUUCUCUGACGCAAAGGUUCUUGAAAAGCUGUGGCUCGAGUUGGAGGCGACGUUCGACUCGAGCAAAGAAGUCGGCAGACAGCUAGAAGACCAUCGACAGAAGCCAAUCCUCGUCUUGUGCUAUGAUGGCGACAGUGCUAGAGUCGCCACCAGUGUCCUGCGUGCGAAGGGAUUCGAGGCCGACAGUGUUCGAGGAGGCUUCCGUGCUUUGAGGGACCUGGAGAGAAGUACCACAAAUACCUCUGCGACUUGUUCUGGAGACCUGUCCAUCACUUCGAGUGUUGAAAAGCUGGUUGCCCAUCGUCAGCCAUAUCUUCAACUGGUGUGA